AUUUGGAUGGGCAACAGUGUGGAGAUUUUUGAGGCAUGGGGAGAUACGGACUGAAUGGUUUUUCAGAAAAACAGUCUGGGCAGUACAGUGAAAAAUCGACUGGAGAAGGGAGAGACAGAGGCGGGAAGGUCAGCAAACAGACGGAUGCAAGAGCAAAAUCAUGCACAAGCUGGAUCGGCGAGAAUGUCUCUCCUUAUACUAGUGUCCAUUUUCUUGUCUGCCGCUUCUAUUAUGUUCCUGGUAUAUAAAAAUUUUCCCCAGCUAAAUGAAGAAGAAAGAGCAAACAUGAAGGUUCCCAGGGAUAUGGAUGAUGCCAAGGCAUUGGGAAGAGUUUUGUCUAAGUACAAGGACACUUUCUAUGUACAAGUUCUUGUGGCUUACUUUGCUACGUAUAUUUUUUUGCAAACAUUUGCCAUACCAGGUUCUAUAUUUCUCAGCAUACUCUCAGGAUUUCUCUAUCCAUUUCCACUAGCCUUGUUCCUUGUUUGCUUGUGCUCCGGACUUGGUGCUUCCUUCUGUUACAUGCUUUCCUAUUUAGUGGGCCGACCAGUAGUGUACAAGUAUUUAACAGAGAAAGCAGUGAAAUGGUCACAGCAGGUUGAACGGCACAGAGAACAUCUCAUUAACUACAUAAUAUUUUUAAGAAUCACACCCUUUCUGCCUAACUGGUUUAUCAACAUAGCAUCGCCUGUAAUAAACGUACCAUUGAAAGUAUUUUUCGUUGGUACUUUUCUAGGUGUUGCACCUCCAUCUUUUGUAGCGAUUAAAGCAGGAACAACGUUAUACCAGCUUACAACAGCUGGAGAAGCAGUUUCUUGGAACUCAGUAUUUGUUCUCAUGAUUUUAGCUGUUAUCUCAAUUCUGCCAGCCAUCUUCCGAAACAAACUUAAGCAGAAGCUUGUGUAAAGAUCACUUGAAUUUUAAUUUCAUGUACUUCAUCUCAGGAUCAAUGCUUCUAUGUUUUGUGUUUGUUUCAUCAACUCUUCAGCAGAGUGAAAAAGAGGGAGUUGUAGUGAAUAAAAAUCUUUUCCUUCAAAGGACACUUUCUAAGAGCCAAGGAAUUAUGUUCGGAAUACCUGCACAAAUUUUUGAAGCCAACGAUUAAUUACUUCUAAGGGGGAAGAGGAAGCAAGGAAUUUGAGAAACAAAAUUUAAAACUAGAGUCACCUACUGCUGACUUGCGGUAGACUAAUGUAUUUUGAAUGAUAUCCUGUGAUCAGUAUAAAUGGCAGGCUGCAGAGAACGAUUCAUCUGAACAUUGUAUCCAGUUUUUUGUCCUAUAAUGCCACAGAUUUGCUUGUACAAAUUUACCCCAUCAAUUUCUGACAUAGAUUUAUGUAGAACGGGUGAAGUGUUAUGUUUUCCCUCUAUUCUUCCAUGAAAAAAAAAAAUCGAAUUAUAAUUAUAAAAUUUCUCUCCCUCCUAAAUUUUGAGGUGAUGGCUUGUUUUAGAGUGUCUUGGCAGAGAGAAACCUUUAUUUCCUAACCUACCACUAAUUUGGAUUAAUAGAUAUGAUCAAUAGCAUAGUUAUUUUUUUAUUCUUAAAGUUUAUAAUGGAUCAUUCAGAAAUUUUAGAUUCAGACUUCGGCUUGUUUUAAUUUAUUUUUAAGUUUUGCUAAUAUGCUGUCUGUGCCUGUAUAUGGUGUUCACAGUGCAUGACUAAUUCUAAUUAAGAUAUCCGAAUUUUGCUGUUCCCUUUUCAAAUCUGAAUAAGGACGAAAUGUGUUUCCAAGUGCUUACCACUUUGAGCUAUUUGAAAGGUUGAGAAAUGAGUUUAUUUUCCUUUUGGAAAAGAGACUUUGUGCCAGUACCGCACUUAACUGGCUAAAUGUAGUUAAAUGGUUAACCAAAUCAUUAUAGCAAUCUUAUGUCACCUCACUAAUUUAUUAGGCUGGUCCUUAGCCUGCACUGUCGGUUCUUUUCCCUUUGGGGAUCAUUUAGGUGAUGCAGUUUCUGAAACAAGUGCUCUGAACAAUCCACUGAAUAAGAUACAUAUCAUCGUUUUACAGAUGGAACCCACUGUAAUUAAUUUGCCCACGUCAGACUAACAGCAAAUGUUCAGCCGGUUGCUCUCCGUCUUUUAAUGCGUCGGAUUGAGGGGAAUCACUUGUAUGAAACAAUAUAAUAUCCAUUUUGGUCCUUCAGGAGCUUGUCAGGUUGAAAACUAUUUUAAGUGCAGGAAAAAUCCAUUCAUACUUCUUGCUGCGAAAGGUACUACCAUCUUUAAAGCUUGUUUUCUGUAAUAUACGGAUUGAUUAAUUUUUUUCUAUCACAGUAUUAAAUGAAGUUAUUGUAAAUACACAAAGUAUAUUGAUUAAUGCAUAUUCUUAUGUGAACUUUUUAUGUUAAAACGAGCUAUUUUUAUUUGCAAUCAGAGUAUUCUUUCCUACAAGAGAUCACACUACUGAGCUAUAAAUCAAAUGCUUUUUACAAAAGUAGUUCAGAAGCCUACAUUCUCUUUGGACAAGAUUCACAAAAACACCACCCUUUUAAAUGAGAUCUUAUUUAAAAGAACAAUUUACCAGUCUUUUUAACAACAAUUCCUGAGUUUCGAUGGAUCUGUUUUGCUGCUGAAAUAUCAAGUGCGUUUCCAGUGGCUCACCCCACCCCUUCAGUUGCUUCCUUUUCCCCCAAGCACUUAGUAGAGUGCUCUCCACAGCGCUCAGUAAGUACCACUGAUUGACUCCCUCUUCCAGUGUCCGUUCUCUGUUCAGUAAAGAAGCUAUUUGGGAUUCUAGAUCCUCUUCUCCAGACAUACAGACUGACUUCCAGUCAAUGACUCCGGUUUCACUUUAGUGGCCAAGUAGAUGAAAUUGAGCAGGUUUCAAAAAAAAAUGCAGUUUGUAGUCAUAAUAUUUAUUAUGUGCUUACUGUGUGCAUGGCACUGUACUAAGCACUGGGAGGAACCACACAAAUAGGAAGUAAAAGAAAAGUAUUCUAGUGGUAUCUGAACCAAAGACUUGCUUUAAGAAAAGGCAAAAUUUAGUAAGACCAGAGUUGGCCACAGUUUGACUCCUAAAUAAAAGUCCUGGAUUAGAGCAAAUGGGGAGGUAAGCAGAUCUGAUAGGGAGCUGAGUACAUGCAAUAUUUAGAUUUUAUGCUUUUUUCCACUAAUUUAUCUGUGGUGGCGUUUUACUUUUGUAAACUAUUUACAAGAUGCUAUGACUUAAUGUAAACUAAAUGAUACUGUGUUUGAAAAUAAUAUAACAUUAUGGAAACUUAAAAAAAUAAAUGGAGUUAAUUGGAGAGAGCAGCU